ACUGGGUCAGGUGGCUACAGUCAAGAUGGCGGCUUCCGUCUUCACGGGUGCGGUGAGAGCCGCUUCAGGAAUAUUACGGCCCCUCAAUGUUUUGGCAUCUUCAACCUAUUGGAACUAUGCCAAGAAUGCCUGUCUUAAGUCUACACUGUGCACCAUUCAUUUUAGACAUAUUCAGACACCAGUUGUCUCCUCUGCUCCAAGACUUGUCACAUCUGUCAGAAGCCUGACACAUGGGCCGACUGCAGCAGUCCUUAAUAGAGUGGCCGCACUGGUUCCCAGUGUCCUGAAGCCGCCAGUCAGAACUCUAACAUACUGCAGCAAACGGAAAGGCAAGAGGAAGACAGUAAAAUCGGUUGUGCAUCGGUUCCUGCGACUUCAUUCUGGCCUUUGGUUGAGGAGAAAGGCGGGCUAUAAGAAAAAAUUAUGGAAAAAGACAACGGCAAGAAAGAAGCGCUUGAGGGAAUUUGUGUUCUGCAACAAGACCCAGAGUAAACUCCUAGAUAAAAUGACGACGUCUUUCUGGAAGAGGCGCAACUGGUACACUGGUGAUCCUUACCAGAUGUACCACGAUCGAACGAACCUGCGAGUAUAGUUCAGAGCUUUCCUAGGUUCCCAGCUGCGGAAUGUGGAUCUCUGUGUACAGGUCCUUGCAGAAGUGAGUAUGUGAUAAACUGUAAACUGUACCACCUGAUAGACAAACAGAAUAGCAGCAUUGUGCUC